AUGAUGCAGAGCCGGGAUACCGACAUCCUCUCUGGGUCAGGGCAUACCGCCAUCGUGGUAAGCAUGAUCGUUUUCGUCUCUCUCCUGCUCCUCUCAUGGGCCACAAUGGGUACCCAGAUUUACCGCGCUCGCAAGCAGGCGAAUGCAGGCGAUCCAGACGUUGAAGCUGAAGCUGGUACUGCCAUGCCUGACGGUACCGUUCCCUUGGAGGAUCUCCUCAAAAGGGGCCAGACCAAAUUUCAGACGCGGUCAGCACAGGGAAGCAGAGCUUCGAUCUCAACCUGGCCUAGAACCGAGGUGUCAACUAAUGCGCCCUCGUCAAAGAGUGGAGGGGAGCGAAUAUCGGCUUGGCGUCGCUUCAUUCAGAAUUUCAAGAAGGAAGAAGAGAAGUAA